AUGUCACAAUCCUCCUCCCGCCCAAGCCUAGAGACCCAAUCGGGUGAAGAAGACCACCUAUUUCUGCUCCCCCAUGAGAAAGCCAGCCUCGACAGUGAAGACGGCAUCUCGUCACCUCAGACCGAGUUCGGCUGGUAUGGGGUCCGAACAGAACCGUCUGCCGCUCCUUUCUCGAGAAAGUACAUCGAAUAUGACCUCCAACUGGGCCAGAAGUCCUCAUUCACAACCUUCGACCGCGAGGUUGCCGACGAGGCAUGGGCUAGUAUUAGCAUGAAACAAGGCUAUCGCGGUUUCGACUUUCAAGUGGGCUGGCUCAAAGUAGCCCAAGACAAAGUCGACGAGAUGGACCAGCCGUCAGUCGAGUUCCACGACAAAUCGGGCUACUUCUUCGGCAUGGACGUCUUCCAUCAGCUGCACUGCCUAAAUUACUUGCGCAAGAAGUCUGUACUGUACAGCCACCUGUAUCCCGCCGGCAGCGAGAUUGAGGACGAGCAGGUCCCGCCCGAGUUCCAUAUCCCGCACUGCAUAGACUCGAUCCGCCUCUCCCUCCAGUGCCACGCCGACUUGACGUUCGUGCCCGAACGAUGGGUCGACGGCUGGCUGGAGCCGUGGGCGGUGUGGAAGAACAAACACAUGUGCCGGGACUUCGACGCCGUGCACGACUGGGCGCUGGAGAACGCACCCGAUACUGCCGGCAAGCUGUAUCACCCUCAGCUUGGCAAGGUUGUGUCCGGGAGGCUGAACCUGACGGCUCUCCCGAUCUGGCAGGAAGCAUAUGAUACCGAUGUCGUGCUUGGGAAAAUGCCUGUGUGCCAUAAGCACUGA